AUGGCAUUUCUGAGACAAGUUUUAUCAGUUCUUGUCGUAGUUCUAGUCAUCGUUCUUUCAAGUGGAUCAGUGUCAUGCCAGGGUGCAAAUUCUUCAUCAACUCUUCAAGUUCUUUUGGAGGUGAAACAGUCGUUUCAAGACCCCCAGAAUGUGCUGCAAGAUUGGUCCAUAAACAACCCAAAUUUCUGUACAUGGAGAGGUGUCUCAUGCGCAAGAAAUCCAGCUGAUGGCUCACUGCAACUGGUGAGUCUCAAUCUUUCAGAUUCUUCACUUGGUGGGACAAUAUCACCUUCCCUAGGCCUUUUGCAUGACCUGCUCCAACUUGAUCUUUCUUCUAAUCAGCUCUCAGGCCCCAUUCCAACUACUCUUUCAAACCUUUCUUCUUUGGAAUCUUUGCUUCUUUACUCUAACCAGCUUUCUGGUCCCAUUCCUUCUCAACUUGGCAUUCUCAUCAACCUCCAAAUUCUCAAAAUUGGUGACAAUGGCCUCACAGGGCCUAUUCCUGCUUCUUUUGGUAAUCUUGAUAAUUUGAUCAUUCUUGGCCUGGCCUCAUGCAGUCUUAGUGGUCAUAUACCUCCAGAGUUAGGUAAACUUGGGCAGCUUCAGUACUUGAUUUUGCAGGACAAUCAGCUGGAUGGCCCUAUUCCAGCUGAGCUUGGGAAUUGUUCUAACCUUGUUGUAUUCACUGCCGCCCUUAAUAACUUGAAUGGAUCAAUUCCAGCAGAAUUGGGUAGCCUUCAGAAUCUCCAGACACUAAACCUUGCCAAUAAUACUCUUUCAGGUGAAAUUCCUGCCCAGCUUGGUGAAAUGAGUCAAUUGGUAUAUUUGAAUCUGCUUGGUAAUCAGCUUCAAGGUGGAAUUCCUAAGUCCUUGGCAAACUUGCAAAAUCUUCAGACUCUAGACUUGUCCGCCAAUAAGCUCUCUGGUGGAAUCCCUGCUGAAUUUGGUAAUAUGGGUCUAAUCAAUUACUUGGUUUUAUCAAGUAACAAUCUUUCUGGUCUAAUUCCAAAGGAAUUAUGUACUAACACCACCAAUUUGGAACAUUUGAUGCUAGCCCAAAAUCAACUUUAUGGUGGGAUUCCUGUGGAAUUGAAAGACUGCAGGUCAUUGAAGCAACUUGAUUUAUCUAAUAAUACUCUAAAUAGCUCAAUCCCAUUAGAGCUUUAUGAGUUGGCUGAAUUGACUGAUCUCUUGCUCAACAACAAUACUUUGGUUGGUACAAUUUCUCCUUCUAUUGCCAACCUCAGUAACCUGCAGACAUUGGCAUUGUACCAAAACAAUUUAAAGGGCAAUUUGCCUAGAGAGAUUGGAAUGCUAGGAAACCUUCAGAUUCUUUAUCUUUAUGAUAAUCAAUUAUCUGGGGAGAUUCCUGAAGAGAUUGGUAAUUGCUCAAGCUUGCAAAUGAUUGAUUUCUUCGGAAAUCAAUUCUCGGGUCAGAUGCCUAUGACAAUUGGAAUGUUAAAGCAGCUGAAUUUCCUUCAUCUCAGACAGAAUGAUCUCUCAGGUGAGAUUCCAGCCAGUUUGGGAAAUUGCCGUGAACUGACAAUCCUUGAUUUGGCAGAUAAUCGGCUUUCUGGUGGAAUUCCUCCCACUUUUGGUAACCUUCAAGCUCUGCAAGAGUUCAUGCUGUACAAUAAUUCGCUUGAAGGUACUAUCCCUGAUGAACUGAUCAAAAUUUCAAAUCUGACAAGAGUCAAUUUGUCAAGUAACAAAUUGAAUGGUAGCAUUGCUGCACUCUGUAGUUCGCAUUCCUUUCUUUCUUUUGAUGUUACAGACAAUGCAUUUGAUCAAGAAAUCCCUUCACAAUUAGGCUAUUCACCUGCUCUUGAAAGGUUAAGAUUAGGGAACAACCAAUUGACUGGUAAAAUCCCUUGGACAUUUGGAUUUAUCAGGGAACUAUCCCUUCUAGAUAUCUCAGGAAAUUCACUCACUGGUUCUAUACCUUUCCAGCUUUCAUCGUGCAAGAAACUGACACAUCUUGAUCUCAAUAAUAACCUUCUUUCUGGACCAAUUCCAUCUUGGCUUGGAACUUUGCCUCUAUUGGGUGAGCUGAAGCUCUCCUCUAAUCGCUUUUAUGGACCUCUUCCUCAAGAAUUAUUUAACUGCUCCAAACUUCUAGUGCUUUCUAUUAACGAUAAUUCACUCAAUGGCACUCUUCCUCCCGAAAUUGGUAGACUCAAUUCUCUCAACGUCCUCAAUCUUGAUGCUAACCAACUUUCUGGUCCUAUGCCUUCAACCAUUGGUGGCUUAAGUAAGCUUUACGAACUUCAUCUUGCCCGAAACAGCUUAAGUGGAGAAAUUCCUAGUGAGAUUGGGAGUUUGCAGAAUCUCCAAAGUAUUCUCGACUUAAGUUACAAUAACCUCACUGGUCUAAUCCCAUCCUCCAUCGGUCCACUGUCGAAACUUGAAGCGCUUGAUUUAUCUCACAAUGAACUUUCAGGAGAAGUACCUCCUAAAGUUGGUGAGAUGAUCAGCUUGGGUAGGCUUAACCUUUCUUACAACAAUCUCCAAGGGAAACUGGACAAGCGGUUUGCUCACUGGCCAGUUGCGGCAUUUGUUGGAAAUUCACUUCUUUGUGGAAGUCCUCUCCAGAGCUGCAAGGACUUCCAGGAAAAUAAGAAUUCAGGUCUAAGUCAGUCAUCAGUAGUGGUAAUAUCGGCAAUAUCUACUGUAGUUGCAAUUAUUCUUCUGUUAUUUGGAGCUGCCCUGUUCUUUAGAAGCAGGCGAGAAGUCAUAGGGGGGGCCAGUAGUGAAGGGAGCUGUGCCUAUUGGUCGAGUUCUUCCCAGGCUCAAAAGCGACCACUAUUUCAGCAGCAUGCUGCCAGACUUGAUAUCAGAUGGGAGGACAUAAUGGAAGCCACAAACAACCUCAGCGAAGAGUUUAUGAUUGGGUCUGGAGGAUCAGGAACUAUCUACAGAGCUCAGCUGUUCAAUGGAGAAACAGUGGCAGUCAAGAAGAUUCGAAGAAAGGAUGAUCCAAUGCUGGACAAAAGCUUUGCGAGAGAAAUUAAGACUCUUGGUAGGAUCAGACACAGGCAUCUGGUCAAGUUGUUGGGGUACUGUAACAACAAAGGAGAGCACUCAAAUUUACUGAUCUAUGAAUUCAUGGAGAACGGAAGUGCGUGGGAUUGGCUACAUAAGCAACCAAGCAAUCACAAGAAGAAGAAAGGCCUUGACUGGGAGGCGAGACUGAGGAUAGCAGUGGGGUUGGCCCAAGGAGUGGAGUAUCUUCAUCAUGAUUGUGUGCCUAGAAUCAUUCACAGAGAUAUCAAGUCUAGCAAUGUGUUGCUAGACUCAAAUAUGGAGGCACAUUUGGGCGAUUUUGGACUGGCAAAAGCUCUCACGAGCAACUAUGAUUCUGUAGAUACUGAGUCGAACUUAUGGUUUGCAGGCUCUUACGGCUAUAUUGCACCAGAGUAUGCUUAUUCUUUGAAAGCAACAGAGAAGAGUGAUGUAUACAGCAUGGGCAUUGUGCUCAUGGAGCUAGUGAGUGGAAGAAUGCCAACUGAUGGGAAUUUUGGCGAGGACAUAGACAUGGUAAGAUGGGUUGAAUCCCGCAUUGAAAUGCAAGGAUCUGCUUGCGAGGAGCUAAUUGAUCCGGCAAUGAAGCCACUCUUACCCCAUGAAGAAAAUGGUGCGUUCCAGGUGCUAGAAAUUGCACUGCAAUGUACGAAAACUGCACCUUUUGAAAGACCAACAUCACGGCAAGCCUGUGAUCUAUUGCUGCAUAUAUUUAACGACAGGAUGGUUCAAUCUGAGAAGAUGAGUCCUGAUCCAUAUGCAUAG